GCCCUCACUAGAUGGCGCCAAAUAGGCAGUCACUUUUCCGACGGUGGCUGACCAAAUGUGAUGUUGUCUUUCGUAUCCCUCCCAACAUCAUCUCAUAUUAGAGUCCUAUACAACAACCAUGUCAACUAAUCGGAUUUAACGCGUGUUAAAAGGUACAACGGAUCUGACAACCUGUCACCAUAACGAUGAACAUAGAUGACAAGCUAGAGGGCAUGCUGCUGAAGUGCAGCGGAGGAGGUGGUGAUGGAGGAGGGAGGAUGGGCCUAGGAAGCGCAGGAGGUCUGGUGGUGAUGACCAUGGGACAACGGUCACUGGUCAACCACCCUCUGUUGGCGGAGGACGACGAUGGGGAUGAGGACGAGGACCUGACUGAGAGCUCGCUGGUCACCCACGACCUCGUGCCCCCUGAGCAACUUAUGGUGCACGAGGAGGCGACAAAGAAUGAUGCAGGUGGAGGGUUGGAAGUACACUUCCCCCUGAAACUCUCCAAUAAGAUGCCCUGCUCACUCCAUGUGCCUUUGAGCAUUAAACAGGAGAUGAGGCUGUCAGAGCCACUGGACCAGAGGAAGAGGGAGAAGAAACAGGGGAAGGAGCUGACGGCGUGUGCUAAGAAGAAGAAGAGGAAGCAACACUCGCCAGCUAAGAUUCUGACUAUCAAUGAUGACGGAUCACUGGGGCUCCAAAACCCAAAGAGUCACGUUUGUGUUCACUGCAAUGCUGCAUUUCGUACUAACUACCAUCUACAGAGGCAUGUUUUCAUUCAUACAGGUGAAAAGCCAUUUCAGUGCAGCCAGUGUGAUAUGCGUUUUAUUCAAAAAUAUCUGCUCCAGCGACAUGAGAAAAUUCAUACCGGGGAGAAGCCCUUUCGUUGUGACGAGUGUGGAAUGAGGUUCAUCCAGAAGUACCACAUGGAGAGACACAAGAGGACCCACAGUGGGGAAAAGCCCUACCAGUGUGACUACUGUCACCAGUACUUCUCCAGAACAGACCGGGUGUUGAAGCACAGGCGAAUGUGCCACCAGCGAGAGAGGAAGGCCCACAAGGUGGCGGCGGCAGGGAAAAACGGGCCUCCUCGCGACACGGACGGCCUGAGCCUCUCGUUCCCUGCCAAAGAUCCCUCCAUGCCCAAGAAGAAACGCCAGAAGUGCUCGGGUGACAAGCCGCCAGGAUCGAUCACGUCCGCGGCCUCCCAAGUGGACCUCCAGGCGCUCUCUGUCCUCCCUGCCACAGACGAGGAGGAGAAGGAAGAGGAGGAGGAGCAGAGACAGGGCAAAAUCGAAAGUCUACCUCUUUACGCCGUCACCUCAAAGGUCAAACACGAGUACGUCAUCGCCGACUACUCGAUGGACCUCGCCGAAGAGCCGGCAAGCCACCGGAACCAGGAGAGCGAGGCGUCGCCUAAAGAGAGUCGGCCCCCCAGGCUGCUGCUGAAGAAAGUACCCAAAAGGAGCCUGAAGCAGUCCAGUGACCUGCCCCUGACCAGCAGCCUCUCCCCUCUGUCUCCCUUUGAGGAGAGCAGCAAGGUGACGCGGUACACCUUUGAGAUCGUGGACAAGCAAGGCUUCCUGGACGUGGACGGCCAUGGCGAGCUGGAACACGUGGAGGCAGCCAAGCCGGCGUCCAGCAGCACCACCAACUACGACGACGCCAUGCAGUUCCUCAAGAAGAAGCGCUACCUGCAGGCGUCGACGGCGACCAACCACAGCCGGGACUACGCCGUCUCUUCCCAGCCCUCCGUCGUCACGCAGACGGUCGUGGCGUCCGUCGGCGACGAGAACGUCCCCGCCACCAUCCUGGAACCCCAGCCCAUCGGCGCCGCCGCGGACAUGAAGGCCGCCCACGACAAGAGCGUGCUGCCGGACGAAGUCCUCCAGACUCUGCUGGACCACUACUCGAACAAGGCCAACGGGCAGUCGGAUAUAUCGUUCAGCGUGGCGGACACGGAGGUCACCUCCAGCAUAUCCAUCAACUCCUCGGAGGUCUCGGCGGACGGGCCGGCCGAGUCCCUGGGAGCAUCGAGUGCGCCCCCUCAGCCGCCCGCCGAGAAGGUCAGCCUCCUGCACGAGUACUCCAAGUUCCUCCAGCAAGCCCUGGAGCGGACCAGCCAGAACGACAGCUACCUGAGCAGCCAGAGCCUCAACCUGGGGACGGAGAACCCAACGCUGGCGGGGCAGCCCCUGUUCUCGAACGAGAAGCAGUACCCUUCUCCCGGCAGGGGAAUCAAGUCGGGCAUGAGCUCCCCGCUGAGGUCCACUCUGGAGAAGCCUCACUUCAGCCUGCUGGUGGGGGACUCCCAGCACUCCUUUUCCUUUUCAGGCGAUGAGACCACAUCCCCUGCUGCAGUGUCGCCGUCCGAGGAAGACUUCUUGGAACAGGUUUCUCCCUCAAAGAAGUCGGAUUCCCCGCAGGCGAUGCUGCAGACUUUCCAAAUCAGCACUUUUGACCAGAACUUUCGAUCCCAUUUCCAGUCGUCGCGGUCGGUGGGGGCGUCGUCACAGUUCACCAUUGCCAACGGACAGGUCAGUUUGCGGGGACACGGCCCAGAUUUUGCAGAGUUCCCUUUAGUGGCAGUUGCAGAGACCCGGUCUCAGCUAAACUCCUCUCCUGACGUUUUGUCCAGUGAAACCUUUGGCUGACCGAAAGAGGAAAGGAAAAAGAAAAUACAUUUUGUAAUCAUUUCAUUGGCACUUCAUGGCACUUUAUAUCCUAUGCCCUCUGUCUGCCUCAUUGCAUAAUAAGGCUUUUGCUCGAAGCUUUGUGUUAGAGAGAACAUGGUUUUUCUGCCAAGUUUUUAGCUUUAUGAAAUAGAAAUCAAGUGAAAAAAAUUCCCCUUCAUUCUAAAAUCAUGUCAAUCAUGCAACCAAAGUAUAGUGGACGUAUUAAUCUUAGUCCUAAAUUACUUAAUUUGUAUUUUUCUUGUUUCUUCAUUUGACCUAAUGAUGGAUUUUAAAAAAAAAAUUUACAUGUCACCUCAUUAAUCAACUAAAAAUGGAUUUAAAUAUUUUGCCACUUUGUGUCCAACACAAGAUUCUAUAUAAAAUAAUAGAAAAUAAAAUGGGACAUUAAAAGAAAACUAAAUUGUGCCCUGCACAUACAUUUAAAAACCUUUAAAAUAUUCUAAGUGUAGUGAUGAGUGUUAUUGUGUAGAAUUCAUAAUGAACCACACCCCAUCCAUCCACCAACACACAUAUGCACCCUUCUCUACUGAGGUAGGCCGGAAAAGAUAUUUGCAUAUCUUUGCAAAUUUGACCACGAAACAUUGAGAGAGGUGCUCUAGGGACGCAUUGCACAAACUGUACCAUCAGUCAGGCUUCCAAGACCAGUUAAACAUGAAGAAAAUAGGUUUUUAAAUGGAGCGUUGUCUUAAAUGUUUGUUAAUUGCAUUGUUUGUUCCCCAAACAUACUCGCAACCCUAAUAUUUACAGAAUAAUCUGGGUUUUCUGGGGAAAAUCACUAGAAAUGGAUUACGUUGAUUAUUUCUUAACGCUUACUUAUUUUGCUAUCUUAAGUGCUUCUCUAAUUGAGGAAGACCAAUACGCAAAAUAUAGGAGCAGUGAUUUAUUUACAAUUGUGCAAGAUUAUUAUCUUUUUAUUAUUGUUCCAUGCCCUUAUUAGAGAGACUAUUUUGGCUUUUCUUCUCUGUUGUAAAAAACCGAUGGAGUUUAUGGAAUCAAUUCCAUAACAUGAUUGACUCAAUAAGCCUAUGUAUUAUUAUCCAGCUAUUGCAAUAUUUAUAAAUUGAUAAUAAUAAUAAUAAUAAUAGUUAAAUUUGUGCAGACACCCAAUGAUGUUGAACAUGGAUUGCUGAUUAUUUAUAUUCUGUUUCCAGAAUGAUUAAAGUGGUAUGCAUUAAAGAUUAACCAAUUACAAAUCCAACGUCAGGGGGAAACACCCUCUGUGAUGAUGCACAGGUUAUAGCUGUUUGUGAUUAGCUCAUAUUAGCUGCCUCUCAUAUGAAACAAUUGGCAAUGCCCCAUGUUUAGUGUGCAGUGCACUCUCAUGCUUUGAUUUUCGUGUUGCUGAACUCUUUAUUUUGUCUGUUUUCUCAAGCCUUCUAUUCUGCAACUUUUUUUUAUCAUUCUUUUUACUUUUUAUUAUUCCCACAGUAAUGAACCAGUGUUUGUGCUGGUGUGGAAUAUGUAAUUCACCUGUACAACAGGAAUUUCAGCUGCAGAUAUGGUUGCAGCAGUCAUUUCCUUUCUCUUUUUAGGAGCGUAUUUUGUUCUGGGGUAUCGUUUCCUGUAUUGAGGUAAUGGUAACUUGUGUGUGAAUGACGCAAUUUGGUUUAAUUUAUUUUCCUUCUUAUUUUUUUUUGCAUCUGUGCCUUUUCUCUUAUGCCCAUUGUGUUGCUUUAAUUGUAUUUUUUAUUUUUUACAGAUUGCUACAGGCGGUUUUUCACUUGCACAUUAACAUACAUACAUAUAAGCUAGUUUAUUUACGUUUCACCUAAAAGGUGAAGCAUACGUGGACUUUAAGUCAAUAUUUAAGAUUUUCAGACCAGGCCGGACCUCUGCUAAAAGGCAACAAAUAGCACAAAUACAGAUAUUUACCAGUAUAGCUGGUGUUAGAAACAAAACAUUUUAUUAAAUAUUCCCACCGUGUGUGUAUAUGAAUAUAAAAUCAUGUUUGAGCAUGUAGUUUCAAUAGUCUCUUGUCUUAAGGCAAUCCGUUAUUCUGAUUAAACACAUUUAUUUGGACUUGAAGAAACUACAGUUUUAUAUGAAUCUGUGACAUUUCCUUACUGCAACAGAAAUUACAUUGGUGUGAUAUGCAUCGGGAGGAUUUUUGUUUAUGUAUAGUUUUUGUCUUUCUCAGAAAUCACUGAAAUUGUAAACUCAAACUGUUUCACAUCUGAUCUACGCUCCUGCUUACUUAUAUUUCUACGGACAAUCAGGUACAGAUUAAUUGACUAAUAAGUCAAACAGCUCAUUAAUCUUCUAUGAACAUUCCUUCUAGAAUGGAUAUGCUAUAUACCAAUACCCUGCUGUAAAUAGUUUAGAUUGUAGUAUAUGAUCUGUUUAGUUUGGACUAUUGCUGGUAUUUGACAGUUAACAGUGUCAACACUUUGGCAAGAGGCUCUGUCAGUGCAUUGCACCCAUUGUCAACAAUCCCCUUUCAGUUCAAAAUAAGGUUGUUUUUAUACUUGUGUAUAUCUUGUUUAUUUUUUGUUGUAAACUGACAAUAUUGGCAGAUGCUUGUUGCUCACUGAGAAAUCGAACACAGACAAACUUACUGUUAUUGGUGAUUUAUGUUCUAAUAGUCAUGUCGUUGGUUUUAUAAUUGAUAACGUUUUAUGAUUGAUCACGUUUUACGAGUUAGGUAAUGAGUUAUCUAUAGUGUCUUUGUUGCUAAACAUGCACCACCAAUAUUGUUUAUUGUGCCCCUAUUUUGUAUGAAUCCAUAUUUGUUUGGAAGGACAACUGUAGGCCUACUUUCUACCAACAAUUAAGCACUUUUCAAAAGCACACUUGCAGAUUAAUGCUUUUGGAGAUUGUACAUGAGCUUCAACUGCUUUUCAUUUUCACCUAAUUAAAUGGGUAACCACUUAUGAGUUGUAACACGACUCACAAUGUCUUAUUUUUUUGAUUAAGUAACAGAACCAUACUACGGCCAUAAGUGUCCUUGUGUAAGUUAAACUGGAGAAGAAAAAAAAAACAUGUUAAAAUGUCUGAAGAUGAACUUUUGAUAAAAUACCUAUUUUUGAAACAUGUUGCAUAAGGCACUGAUGUUUAUCAUAUGCACUUAUACUGUUAUCCCUUUCAUUUCUGUUAGACCCACACAAUCUUGAAGAUUAAAGGUAACUAGGCGCUUGUUUCACCUUUUGUUUUCCAGGGGGUUUGGUCAGACUACAGCAAAGACAAAUUUGCUGUAAUAUUGCUGUAGUUAAUUUGCAUGGUCUCUUGGAAGUUGUUUGGUGGUGUGAAAUUUCAUGAAUAUUAAUGUAUGGCUUUAUAUGUAGCUGACUUUCAGUAAGGUAGCAUAUAAGAUUAGUUUUUUCUUUUGCAGUAUCUUGUUUGCAAAGAUCAGAUGAAAUUGCUUUGAUUGUUGUGUCAAGUCCUUAUCAAUAAAAUAAUCUGUAUUUGUUUA